UAAUAUGGCGGUAUGUGGACUUGUAAACGGGACUUAAUACACUUCACUUUUGUCAUCACGUGUCCCUGAGGAAUAUGGUAUAAAUGUUUGGACUUCCUACAACAACAGUUUUCCGAUGAUUUGGUCUGGAUUAUCAUUAUCAUUUACUAUAUAACACCAAUUUGUUGGGUCAGGCAUGAUAGGCAAGAUGGCGGACAACAGACAUGGAUAUGGAGUGCGACUACCAUGACUAUUUUAGGCGGCCUGUCAUAUGACGUCACAUUGCAACUAACAUGGACAAAUAUAAAACUAUGUAUAAAAGUUAAAUUAUAAAAUGUCGGAAAUAACAAAGAUACAGGAAUGAUGUUUUCUUCGCCGAAAAAAAUAUUAGUCUCCAAGCGGAACAAUCAGUAUGGGAUACCACCAAACGGGAUUCCCCCACAGGGGAUACCACCAAACGGGAUUCCCCCACAGGGGAUACCACCAAACGGGCUUCCUCCACAGGGGAUACCACCAAACGGGCUUCCCCCACAGGGGAUACCACCAAACGGGCUUCCCCCACAAGAGACACAACCAAAAAAUAUUACUCAACAGGGGAUACCACCAAACGGACUUUCCUCAAACAGUUUACCAACACACGGGAUACCCCCAAACAGGAUGCAUCAACAUGGGAUGCCCCUACACAGUUCAUUAGAAAGGGACGGAUUUCCGGUCACGAGAAGAAGGAACGGAUCUGGACAUAGGUUAAGAGAAAAGGAUAAAAUCAAACGCCAUGUAUUUAAUACUAAUGAUUCUAUUCCUACGCUCCGAGAGGUUGAUGAAAACAGACCGGAAACCCCCAUUGUUGGGACACGUCGUGAGCGUUACAAACUGGCAAUGGAUGGCAAAACCGGAAAUGGACGUCCAAUCGUACCACGUGAUACACAGGAAGUAUAUUCCUCAAAUGGAAUGUAUAAAAGAAUGCUAGCCACGACUCCUUCCAACCUUGUCCGGUCUGGGAAGAGCGGAAGUAGGUGUCCCACGCCCGUGCCCUUUGACCAGCCUCUGACAAGACUGUGCUGGGACAACGGAGGUAACAAGGAUCUGGAUACCGAGGACGAAGACAGCUAUCCGUACAACACAUCGAGGAUACCAUUCACGCCUAGGAACCAAGUAACUAACCCUCUCUUCCGGAAUCUGAAGCAUAUCAACGACGUCACUGUGGCGGAUAUUGAAGAUAUUCAUGAGUUUGAGAAAAGCACAGAACAUUUGAACUUGACUCAAAAAGUCCUUAAUUCGUACUUUCGGAAAAAGUUGGAUUGUACACAGAGAAUUGUAAAAUGGUUGGUAGACUGUGAGGAAAAAUCUAAUUUGUCGUCACUUCCGGCCCACCUACCAGCCAUAUCGUAUAGGAACACUAGUGCGCAUGCUCGCCAUGAGUAAGUCAGACGUUCGAAUGAUAUUAUAACUGAUGAGUGUAAAUGCCAUACAGCUUUGUUGAGCGCUAGUUCACGUCAUUGAUCACCCAGUUGUGUCGGCUCAUACUGCGCACGCGUUAACAUGUUUUUAUUUAUAAAGUUUACAGACUCAGCAUGUGCAUGGUUCUUGGUAAUACAUUGUAUGUUAUGUACUUAAGUCGCGUGCUUUGAAAUAAUUGUGGUUGAUAGAGGGUUUGUGUCUGUCUUCCUUGUUACACUUCCACAAAACGUCUAUAUACUUUUGAUUUAAUGUACGACUAUUGUUUUCUUGUGUACAAUGAUGACAUUAUAACCCCAUAUGGACAUCUGGUGAAAUAGUCCCAUUGUCUUCAUAUCAGACGUGUAUUGCAAUCAUAGAUACUUGAACGAGUAAACGGUUGACCGUCCACUUUCUAGACACGGGUGUGAUUUCCAUCGUCGGUGUGAUAAUUCAGUUGGGAAAUAUCAAUAAAUGUCAGUCAUACUUUCAAAAGUUACGGGAAAACAUUUAAACACGUGCUACAAAUAAUAUAUGUCUGUGUCCGUCACACAUUGAUACUUACUCUGAUAAAACCAUUACGCUAAAAUGAAAUUAUCAUAUUUUAUGAUUGACAGAUAAGUGUAACGUACCUGUAUGGACAUGCUGACUCAUCCAGCUUGUUUCUCGGCAUACGCCAUUCUUGAUCAUUGUAAUACAAAGUGUACCACAUUUUGUACUUGACUUGUAAACAUUACAUGCUACAUGCACACUGUACUUGUAUGAUUCUGUGACGAAAGAACUUGUUCUACAUUCACGGGGGAUAAGCAUCCAAUACGGCGCAGGUCGAAAACGGUGAAUUAUCAAUGUUUUUCAACUUGAUAUGGCAUUCUGAGUUAGCGUUUCGAUAGUUGGUUCAAUAUACAUGUAAUCAUGAGCGGAUGAUUUAGCAAUACUUGGUGUAAUUAAGUUGAUAUUAAAAUCGUUAGUUUUGGCAUGAUGACGGUAACUGUGAGUCUAUGAUGCGAGUAUCUGAUGAAGUACAUUUGUAAUUUGAAAAAAAGAUGCGGGUAACUCCUAAACUGAAACAGUAACUGCAUGUGAUGAGCGUACGAAAUUUACAAAUUUAAAAAUCACGUUCCAUAUAGUAGCUAUAGAUGUAGAUAUACAUGUAGAUAGAUGAGCACGCUCGGGGUCGUUUAAAAUGAAUGAAUUCGGUAUAUAAACUUGUACACACCAUGAUUAUAACUACCAUUUAUGACUGAGACCACACAUCCCCGUCCCGUGGAGAUCAUUUCAAUUAACAAUGGUAUAAUAAGUACAGAUACAUUCGUGUUAUACACUUACGCAUAUCAACAUAC